AUGGGGCUCCUCCAGGACGCCGCGGCGCUUUUCGACGCGCAAUUUGGCCAGACAGCGACAUGGAAACUAGUCCCCCUCGGCUUCAGCAUCUUCUUCGCCGUAUCCGUGUUGCUUAACGUGUUGCGCCAGCUGCUCUUCAGAAAUCCAAACGAACCUCCGCUAGUAUUCCACUACGUGCCCUUCAUUGGCAGCACUAUCUCCUAUGGCAUCGACCCCUACAAGUUCUUCUUCGCCUGCCGUCAAAAAUACGGAGAUUGCUUCACUUUCAUCCUCCUUGGCAAGAAGACCACCGUGGUGCUGGGGACUAAAGGCAACGUCUUUAUCUUGAAUGGAAAGCUCAAGGACGUCAAUGCCGAGGAGAUCUAUAGCCCACUUACUACGCCAGUAUUCGGCACAGAUGUCGUCUACGAUUGUCCCAAUUCGAAGCUCAUGGAGCAGAAGAAGUUCGUCAAAUAUGGCCUCACCUCCUCCGCCCUCCAGUCCUACGUUAAAUUGAUCACCAAAGAGACCAAAGACUUCUUCUCCAAGGACAAUCCAAGCAAGAAAUUCGCAUCCACCCACGGCACCGUCGACCUCCCGCCUGCUAUGGCUGAGCUUACUAUCUACACCGCCAGCCGUUCGCUCCAGGGCAAAGAAGUCCGCGAAAAAUUCGACUCCUCCUUUGCCGACCUCUACCACGAUCUCGACAUGGGCUUCACUCCCAUCAACUUCAUGCUUCCAUGGGCUCCACUGCCACAGAAUAGAGCACGCGAUCGCGCACAGAAGAAGAUGGCGGAAGUCUACACAGCGAUCAUCAAAGAGCGACGCGAAAAGGGCGAGCCUACUUCGGGAGAGAAAGAGCAGGACAUGAUUUGGAAUCUGAUGCAAUGUCAGUACAAGAAUGGUCAAGCAAUUCCAGAUAAGGAGAUUGCGCACAUGAUGAUUGCCCUUCUCAUGGCUGGUCAACACUCGUCCUCGUCCACCUCAUGCUGGAUCCUUCUCCGACUGGCUUCGCGACCAGAUAUCCAGGAUGAGCUCCUUCAAGAACAGAAGGAUGUGCUUGGCGUCAACGCAGAUGGAUCAAUCAAGGAGUUAACGUACGCCGACAUCUCGCGCCUUCCACUCCUCAAUCAAGUUGUCAAGGAGACACUCCGCCUUCAUGCUCCCAUCCAUUCUAUUCUGCGACAAGUCAAGUCUCCGAUGCCACUCGAAGGUACACCAUACGUUGUCCCGACCACACACUCCCUCCUUGCUGCACCCGGUGCUACCUCACGAAUGGACGAGCACUUCCCCGAAGCUAUGCUGUGGGAACCCCACCGAUGGGACGAGAACCCAAGUGAGAAGUACGCACAUCUCGCACCAAAGCAUGUCAAGGAGGGCGUCGCCGAAGAGACUGAAGAUUACGGCUAUGGUCUCGUCAGCAAAGGCGCCGCAUCACCAUAUCUGCCAUUCGGUGCUGGCCGACAUAGAUGCAUCGGCGAGCAAUUCGCCUAUGUCCAGCUCCAGACCAUCACCUCGGAAGUGAUUCGCGAUUUCAAGCUCUACAAUGUCGACGGCAGCGACAAAGUUGUCGGCACAGAUUACAGUUCGUUGUUCAGCAGACCUCUCUCGCCAGCCGUCGUGCGAUGGGAGAGGAGAGAAAAGAAAUAG